CUGUCGUGGCGGUUCGAACGUGCGGCGAGGCGACCAGCUGGACACUUUACUUUGUCUCCGCGGCCCGCAUCUCUCCAUCCGCCACCGGUCCCACGACGCGCGACUGACUCCGACGGCGGGGAACGCGAUCAAAGCCAGUGUGCUGACCACGGACGCGGGGGACCGGCACCGGGACCGUCGACGGACUGCCCCAACAAUAGACCGCCAUUUGGAGUUGAAGCGGGCCGCCACCGCGACCACCGCGACGACGACGGGCAGGACCACGCCGCCAGCAUCUCCGUCAUCUCAGUCUGCCGCCACGCCGCCGACAACAUGGUCCAGGACAGCGAGCCCGCCUACACGGUGUCCACCAGGAAGGUGCCCGAAUGGGCCAAGACGGCCCUGCUGUCGGACAUCGACGAGCUGCCCGUGGUGCACCUGGGCGACUUCACGCUGACGCUGGAGCUGAACGAGAUGUCGGACCGCACCAAGGAGGUGGCGCGCGACGAGCUGCGGGAGACGGCCGAGAACGUGGGCCCCGCCGUGGACCGGCUGCGCGAGCUGCUGGCGGAGGACAAGGACCUGGUGGUGCCCCUGGACAAUGACGCGUGGCUUGUGCGCUUCCUCCGGCCCUGCAAGUACUACCCCGAGAGCGCCUACGAGCAGAUCAAGAACUACUACUCGUUCAAGGAGAAGCACAGCGCCGUGUACCGCGACCUGCUGCCCAGCAAGGAGCGCAACGUGUUCGAGUCCAACAUCCUGACGGUGUGCCCCAACAGGGACCAGCUGGGUCGCCGCAUUCUCGUCCUGGAACUCGGAAAGAAGUGGAACCACAAGAAGGUGACCUUGGAUGAGGUGUUCAAGGGUUGCGUCCUGUUCCUGGAAGCCGCCAUGUUGGAGCCAGAGACUCAAGUCUGCGGUGCUGUUGUUAUAUUCGACAUGGAAGGCCUCAGCAUGCAACAGGUGUGGCAGUUCACACCGCCUUUUGCCAAGAGGAUUGUGGAUUGGCUGCAGGACAGCGUCCCUCUCAGAGUCAAGAACAUUCACAUCAUCAACCAGCCUUACAUUUUCAACAUGGUCUUUGCUUUGUUCAAGCCUUUCCUCCGGGAAAAACUGAGGAACAGAAUUAUUUUCCAUGGCAACGACAGGGAUUCUCUGCACAGCUACAUGAGCCCGAAGUGCCUGCCCGAUGUUUAUGGAGGAAGUGUUGCCAUGCCCCGCAUCUCUGGAAUGCAAUGGUUUGAGCUGCUGAACAAGUGUGAUAAGGAAUACAAAGCAAUCAACACAUACGGAAUGAAGAAGUCAUUAGAAAGUGCAGAUGACAGCAAAAAGGGGAAGAAGAAAUAAAUCUGUCCUACAGAUCUGUUCUCAUAACCAGGUAGAUGUACCGUCAGUGUUCACACUGAAAAAUAACUGUACAAAUCUUGUUACUGAAGAGGUUCCAAAGCAUAUCCUCACCUUUGCUCUCUUUAGGUCUAAAAUACAGGGUUUAGUGAUAGCUCAAGUUGUCCCUGGUAACUUCGGUAUGGACUGUGAUUUUGUUGUAUUUAAGCUUUUCAUGCAUUUUCACAACUUCGAUUGCUCAAUUGGAAAUUGCACUCUCAUUGUCACUCCUGCGUUAAUGCAGUGUUUGAUUCCCUGACAUUAAUCUUAAGGCUGUGGUUCAUUUGUAUUUUAUUAUUUAGUGUGUGUGCGCUUGUGUGUGAAUAUGUGUAUUGGUUUGUGUGCUGUGCCUUCAUAUUUUUUAAAUCAAUAACUUAAAAUCCAUGUUUUAAAUUUCUCAUGUACUAUAUUUUAAUGAAUUCCCACCUUGUUAGUGUAUGAUCAGAUGUAACAGUGAAACAUCACAAAUCAAAUUUGGCAAAACUAAAGGACCUAAUUAAGCAUUUUCUAUUCAUUAAAGAAACUUCUACUUCCAAAAAUAUGUAUAGUUUUGUAGAAGUCAGUUUUUUAUUACCUGUAUACUGAUCAAAUAAAAUAAUUUACAACCAUUGUUAAAAA